UAGCCUUGUGUGGGAGGGUUUGGGCUUGGUGGUUCACCAUGGACGAAAGGGAAACGAAAGGUUAAUGAAGUCCGAUAUUUUGGCGCCAAUAACCCAAAACCCUUCUACCAAUAUCCGUAACGCCACUGCCUUCAUCAUCGUCUCUCUGUUUUCCUUUGGGACUCCUUCGUCUCAAGAUCAAGCCAUCCGUUAGAUUCGAAAGCUAGGGCAAACUGUUCGUAAUCAUCAAUGGAGGAUGAGAAAGACGCUUAUUACGUUGUCAGGAAAGGAGACAUUAUCGGUGUUUACACAAGUUUGAAUGACUGUCAAUCUCUGCUGUGUGGUCCAGAUGUUGCUGUGUUUAAAGGCUAUCGCUUGUCAAACGCUGCUGAGAAAUACCUUGCCACACAUGGGCUCAGUAAUGCAAUAUAUUCUGUUGGUGUAUCUAGUGUGCAAAGUGAUUAUUUUGGCCAACUUAUUCCCUGUCCUUUUCAGCAACCCGUUAGUAGCAACGCUCCUGCUGAGAAGAAAAUGAAGAAAGAUGUUGGAUCAACUUCUUUAUCAGAAGCUUCUCAAAGACAGAUUCCUGAAACCGAAAGCUUUAUUGAAGCUCUGCCAGUUUCUGCUUUUUGUUGCUCAUGUAUUCUCGAGUUUGACGGUGCUGCAAAAGGAAACCCUGGACCAGCUGGUGCUGGGGUCGUGCUACGUGCAGUCGACGGAAGUCUGGUUUAUCGUCUACGUGAAGGUCUAGGUGUAGCGACUAAUAAUGUUGCUGAGUAUCGAGCUAUGAUUUUAGGGCUGCGUUAUGCUCUUGAGAGAGGAUUUAGGCAUAUUCGUGUGCAUGGUGACUCUAAACUUGUUUGUAUGCAGGUUAAUGGUUUGUGGAAAACAAAAAAUCAGAACAUGGCUGAUUUGUGCAAAGUGGCAAAGGAGCUUAAGGACAAGUUUCUAUCUUUCCAGAUUUGUCAUAUUGAAAGGGAAUACAACUCAGAAGCUGACACACAAGCCAACCUAGGUGUACAUCUCCAGAAUGGUGAGGUUCAGGAGGAAGUUGAUAGGAGAUAGUUUAAGCUUCAAAGUUCAAACCCCUUUGUAAAGUGGUUGGUCAACAAGCUUUGAAAAACCUUAAGGUUCUUGUGUUGGUCAGACUAGCAGCAUACAAACCUUGCUCUUUUGAGCACAAGUUUUUGUUAAAUGUAGUAAUCUGUUUAUUAAA